CUCUUGUCUUCAUUUGCUCAUCCUUUGUCUCUGAUCUAAUCUCUUCUUCUUUCUUUUCUUCAACUUUUUGUUCCCAUCAUCAUGUUUAGUGGGUUAUCUUCACUUUCAGAUUCUUUCUGGUGAGCAUUAAUGGGUGAUAUGGAAGUUGCUAUUGCCAGUGGUGAGGAUAAGAUAAUGACCACGAAUCAAGAAAUGCAAGUGUCUAUAUCUUUUGGUAAGUUUGAGAAAGAUUCACUUUCAUGGGAGAAAUUCUCUACAUUCUCUCCAAACAAGUACUUGGAAGAAGUGGAGAAGUGUGCAACUCCAGGAUCAGUAGCUCAAAAGAAGGCUUACUUCGAAUCACAUUACAAGAAAAUCGCUGAGAGAAACGCUGAGAUCAUCUUGGAGCAGGAGAAACAGCUGGAGAGGAAUGCAUCUUUCAGGCCAAGUCUUGAGAACGGUGUAAACACAGACAACAGAGAACAUGACCGGUCGGUUGUGGUCGAGUCUAACGCCUGUUAUGGAUCUAAUGGCGAAAGUAGUUCAGAAGAUGAAAAGAUUGUGAACAGAAUUGCUACUGAAGUGAAUGAUACAUGUAACCAUGAGCCCCCUCUUGAAGAAACUAUGAAGGUUGAGAUUGGGGAGGAUCUGAAUACCCUGAAGAUGGGGAAACUUGAAGAGAUUGUUUGCGUUGAGGAAGUGGAGGAUAACGAGAACCCAGAAGAUGUUGUUUGUAUAGAGGAGCUAGUAAAAGAAGAUGUUUCCUCAAAGGAUACACCAUUGAAAGAGCCGAAGAAAGAGAAAGAUCAACAUCUAACCAAGAAUGUGCCAAAAAACCAUACAAGAAGCUCUCCCAAGCCUAAUCAGGUGGCCAAGAAGCCAGUAGCGAGCAAGGUUGUAACGAGUAAGAAAACUCAAACAAGCAAGGAGAAAAGUAUGAUCAAGGCAACAACAAACAAAGCAGCAUCACCUGUCUCAAAAGGAGCCUCAAAGUUUUCAACUCCAAGAGUGUCCAAGCCAGCUUCAGCAACUAGUUCAAUGUCUGCUUCUAGCUCUUCAGUAAAAAAGGAGAAUGUCUCAACUUUACAAAGAAAGAAACAAACCGCUCCAAAGACGUUACAACACACUUCUCUCAACCUGGACCAGCCUAGCUCUGACCCUACUCCUCUUUCUACCACCAGAAGAUCCCUGAUCAUGGAAAGAAUGGGAGAUAAAGAAAUCGUUAGACGUGCUUUUAAGACUUUCCAGAAAAGUUUUGACCAAAUGAAAGAGCAAGAUACAGCUCCAAAGCAGGUUCCUGCAAAGGCAACUAGUGUUUCGAAGUUAGCUACUACUGGUCUGAAAGAAAAUGGCAGGCUUGCUAAAUCAGAUGGCACGGAUAAAAAGGGCUAUAACUCUCACCGUUCUUCAUCUUUUGUAACGAAAAGCAACAAGACAGCAGAGAAACAGGAGAUAUCCAGACCUGGAGCAAGAGCUGUAGAGAGGAUAAGCUUACCUGCAAAACCAAAGGCAGAAGUAACCAAUGCCAAAACUCGGAGACAAAGUCUUGAUCCAAAAGCAAAAUCCAUGCGAGGACCUCUCCCAAAAGGCUCUUCAGACAAAGUACUAUGAUGUUUCAAGAAACCGUAUUCUGUUACAGAUGAGCAUUUUUUUUUUCUUAUUUCCUGAAGGGUUCAUGGACUUAAAGCGCAAGGAAAAGAUGGAUUAAAAAUGUCCUUUCUUUCAAGCAACACUCAAGAGGUAAAGAGUUGAUGAUGUAUGUUAUAUAGAGAAGUCACCAAGUUUCCAUUAGUUAUGUGAGGAAAAAUUACAGAGUCCUUUGUUUAUGUAUGUGUAUAGAGUCUAUGGAAUAUAAACGUGAGGAGAUGAUGUUAGAUUCUCAAUAAAUGACAACAUAAUUUCUUAUUUCCACUUUACUUGUUGGACGCUUGCAAGCAUGUAAUAGCCAGCCAAGACUUUCA